AGCCGCGCCGAGGCUUCAGAGGAGGAGAGCUGUUUAUUUAGCUGCUGAAUGAAGGAGAGGAUGAACACCAGGAGAGGAACCACCCGGUAAAUCAAUGACCUGGGCUUAUUCGACCGCACACAAACGGUUGUGGACCUUACCUGAUUCUGAGCUGACCUAAAAGGGAUAAUUAAUCCAAGGCCUGGAUUCCUCAGUAACAAUGGCUCCUGCAGCACCGUCCGUCCCUACAUCUGCCUUCAUCUCUCUCCAGCCAUCCCGUUCUUCAUCGUCUUCGCUUUUCUUCCUCCUCACCUCCCUCUUUGUCCUACUCUCCUGCCCUGCUCCAGUCCAUGCAGAUUCUUCAGGGAACUGUACGGCCAGUGGAGACCCCUGUCAGGAAGGAGUCGUACUUCCUGUGUGGAAUCCCCAGAAUCCCUCUGUGGGAGAUAAAGUGGCCCGGGCUAUUGUCUACUUUGUGGCACUUAUUUAUAUGUUCCUGGGCAUGAGUAUUAUAGCGGACCGGUUCAUGUCAUCCAUAGAGGUCAUAACAUCCCAAGAAAAAGAGAUAACCAUAAAAAGGCCAAACGGUGAGACCACAACAACCACGGUCAGAAUCUGGAACGAAACUGUCUCUAAUCUCACUCUGAUGGCUUUGGGUUCGAGUGCUCCAGAGAUUCUGCUGUCUGUUAUUGAGGUUUGUGGUCACGGCUUUGAGGCCGGGUCACUUGGUCCUAGUACAAUCGUGGGCAGCGCCGCCUUCAACAUGUUCAUUAUCAUUGCCCUCUGCGUGUACGUGGUUCCCGACGGAGAGACCAGAAAGAUCAAACACCUUCGGGUGUUUUUUGUCACAGCAGCUUGGAGUGUCUUUGCCUAUAUCUGGCUCUAUUUGAUUCUGAGUGUUAUUUCACCUGGAGAGGUUGAGGUGUGGGAGGCUGUACUCACCUUCCUCUGCUUCCCUCUCUGCGUCGUACAAGCCUGGGUGGCUGACCGACGGCUUCUCUUCUACAAGUAUGUCCGCAAGCGUUACCGUGCAGACAAGCACCGCGGUAUCAUCAUUGAGACAGAAGGGGAUGGAGGGAUCGGAGGCAUGGAUGGAGGUGGAGGAGCGCUGGGUCCAGGUGGAUUCACCAAGAUGGAUAUGCUGGAGCUAGAUGGACAGAUUGCUCUGAACUGCCACAGUGGGAUGGACGGAGGAAUGAUGGUAGAGGGGGGAAAGGAUGAGGAUGAUGAAGCAAGGAGAGACAUGGCGAGGACACUGAAGGAGCUGAAGCAGAGGCACCCAGACAAGGACAUGGAGCAGCUGAUUGAGAUGGCUAAUUAUCAGGUUCUGAUGCAGCAGCAAAAGAGCAGAGCAUUUUACCGCAUCCAGGCAACCAGGAUGAUGAUCGGAGCAGGGAACAUACUGAAGAAGCACGCCGCUGAUCAGGCUCGCAAGGUAGUGAGCAGCAAUGAGACUCAGACUCAGGAAGACGACCCUCACACCAUUAGGAUGGAGUUCGAACCCUCUUUAUACCAGUGCUUUGAAAACUGCGGCUCCCUGAAUCUUACAGUUGCCAGACAUGGAGGAGACCCUGGAGUUACUGUCAAAGUGGAUUAUCGCACAGAGGACGGUACAGCUAACGCAGGCUCAGAUUAUGAGUUUGCUGAAGGAACACUACUGUUUAAGCCUGGAGAGACCCUCAAAGAGAUUACUGUCGGCGUCAUUGACGAUGACAUCUUUGAGGAGGAUGAGUACUUCUACGUUCACCUCAGUAACCCUCGUGUUGUGGGCUGUCCUGAGAUAGGCACCGCCCCAGUGGAUUCCACCCUUCACCCGAAAGCCGUGCUUGGAGAUAACCACACAGCAACAGUCACCAUCUAUGAUGACGACCACGCAGGCAUCUUUACAUUCGAAAGUGCCAGUCAGAGGGUGAGUGAAAGCGUAGGUGUGAUGGAGGUGAAGGUCAUGCGCACGUCGGGGGCCCGGGGUCUGGUAGCUGUCCCUUAUCGGACCGUGGAUGGAACCGCCAAAGGAGGGGAGGACUAUGAAAUGGCUGCCGGAAAGCUGCAGUUUCAGAAUGAUGAGACCAUGAAGGUAAUUGAGGUGAAAAUUAUUGAUGAUGAAGAGUAUGAGAAGAACAAGACCUUCACAAUUGAGCUUGGGGAGCCUAUUCUACUGGAGAUAGGACAGAAACACGGUGACUCUAACGAGAACAAACCAUUGGUGGGAGCAGAGGAGGAAGAGGUGGCCAAGAUGGGCUGUCCCAGUCUGGGCGAACACACACAACUGGAAGUGAUCAUAGAGGAAUCCUACGAGUUUAAGAAAGCAGUAAACACUCUUCUUAGACGUACUGAAAAGAAUACAGUAGAUAAGCUGAUCAAGAAGACAAACCUGGCCUUGGUGGUGGGAAGCAGCAGCUGGAGGGAGCAGUUUGUCAGUGCCGUUACUGUUAGUGCAGGGGACGAUGAUGAGGAAGAGAGUGGUGAAGAACGGCUACCUUCCUGCUUCGACUACAUCAUGCACUUCCUCACGGUUUUCUGGAAGGUCCUGUUCGCCUUUGUCCCGCCCACCGAGUACUGGAAUGGCUGGGCCUGCUUCUUUGUCUCCAUAUCAUUGAUCGGGGUUCUCACCGCCGUCACCGGGGAUCUGGCAUCGCACUUCGGCUGCACAAUAGGACUAAAGGACUCUGUGACGGCUGUGGUUUUUGUUGCUUUGGGGACAUCGGUACCAGAUACUUUUGCCAGUAAGGUCGCAGCCAUCCAGGACCAGUACGCCGACGCCUCCAUUGGAAACGUCACUGGCUCCAACGCCGUCAACGUCUUCUUGGGCAUUGGUGUGGCGUGGACCAUCGCUGCCCUCGCCUGGCGCUCUAAGGGCGAGCCUUUUAGGGUGGACCCGGGAAACCUGGCCUUUUCUGUCACCCUCUUCACCAUCAUGGCUGUGUUGUGCGUCCUAACCCUUCUCUACCGCCGCCGGCCAACCGUGGCUGGAGGCGAGCUGGGUGGGCCGCGGACUUGCAAGUUGCUAACAUCACUGCUGUUCGUCUCGAUGUGGCUGAUUUACAUCCUUUUGGCUUCCAUGGAGGCCUACUGCCAUUUACCAGGGUUUUAGAGGCAGGAAGAUACAGACCUAAUGCUGGUUUUAAGGAGGUGGAAGACCUUAAAACCCUCUCUGAAAAGGGAUUUAAUGUCAUUCAAUUCUAUAUUUUCCUUAAAUAAAAUGAGUGUACAUCCUCAUGAGAAAGGUUAACUCCCUCCUACAACGUUGAGGCUAAUUAUUCUUGUCUUUGAACCAUAAACACCCUCCAGUGUGUCAAGGAAAACCUUGAAACAGUGAUUGUUUUAUCACCAGAGGAUUGCUGUUCACUUUAAAGCCGAAACCAGCUCCAGAGGAGAUAAUCAGCAGAGUUUUAAAGAAAAACAAAGCAGAGUUGAGAGGAUGAAGGUCGAAGAUAUAUCUACAGCAGUCACCUACAAAACCAGAAAAGAAAAAGACUUGCGGCAGCAGAAUAAAAAAAGGGACUAAAGAGGUUAGAGGAGAUAAACUGAGCAGCUGGAAACCUCACCAACCUUUCCCUCCACCCUCCGUCUUUACAGCACCUUGCAAAAUGCAUACCCAUUGAAUCUUUUUUUCACAUUUUCUCACAUUACGAUAUUUCUCACAAAACUUCAACCCCUUAUAUUUUUUAUAUGACUGAAGUCAAAGGAAAAAACAAAUCUCAGCGUUUACAUUUUGGCAUAAAGAUAUUUGAAAAGUGUGGCAUGCAUUUGUAUUCACACUCAUUGAUAAAUACUGUGCAGAACAAUAAUAAGCUGCAAUUACCAUAGAUAAAACCUACUCGUAAUAAAUGCAGAGCAUCCAUAGACAACAGAUCCAAGAUUAGGUUUAGCUGUGCCCUUGGACUUGGCAGUCUUAACAAGAACAACAAAAUUAUUAUUUUUAUCCUCCACCAUUAACUUCUUGGCUGCUUCUCUGAUUGAUGUAAUCCAUCCUGAUGACGGCCUUGAUUCAAAUGAAACAAAUGCAUAGCACACUUUAGAGAUAAUUAUGUUUAAAAGGAAUUAAAUCCAUGCAUCAAUAAUAAUCUAUUUUGUUGUUCUAUGGCAUUAAAUCCCACUAAAACACACAAAGUUUACACCUGUAAUGGGAUAAAGUGUAAAAAAGUUCAAGAGGUAUGAAUAGUUGCACUGUACUGGAUCCUCCAGUCAUUAUUGAUGAACUCUAUCUUUACUUCUAACAUUAAUCGCCUUUUUCUCCUCCAUACACUCAAAAUUGCUGGGCCAGGGGGAGUUGCUGCACUAUAACCUGCCAGCGAGGUAAUAAAUUAACCAUCCUCUUUCCC